AACAUAACAUUACAUUUAGCGGUCACCAACACGCAACAACCGUCACUAGUCACUACCACUAAUAAGUAAUAAGCUUUUCUCUCCGAUGGUACCAUUCAGCAGCAAAAACUAACUAAAGAAAAAAGGAAAAUGAAGAAUCUUUGUCACAAUUUGGACAUUAAAGCUGCAAUUCCAGGUAAAGUGGCGAAACCCAUUUCGGUAGCAGCGUUUCCUCGUAGGUUGUGGUUCCCGACAUGGACACGGCAGAGGAAGGUGUCGGUGUCGGUGUCGGUGUCGUCGAUUGAGGAAGAGAAGAAGGUGAAGAUGCAGUGCCGUGAGUGGAUUGAAAGUGCAGCCAAAAGUGCUUUUGGAUUUGGCGUUUCAGCUUCUAUCUUCUUCUCUGUUUUUUGCCACGCGCCGCCGCAGGCUCUCGCUCAGUCACUCACCGUCGCUUUUCCCGUUUCACGGGCACCAGAGGUAAAUGCAGUUCAAAGAACUCUUGUGGAAGCAUGGGGUUUGAUUCGAGAAACAUUUGUUGACCCUACAUUUAAUCAUCAAGAUUGGGAUAUGAAGUUGCAGCAAACAAUGGUGGAAAUGUUUCCCCUGAACUCAGCUGAUGCAGCCUACACAAAAGUCAGUGGAAUGGUUUCUACCCUUGGAGAUCCGUUCACUCGAAUUAUCAGUCCAAAGGAAUACCAAGGAUUUAGAAUUGGAAGUGAUGGGAACUUACAAGGAGUAGGCCUCUUCAUAAAUGUUGAACCAAGAACGGGACAUUUGGUUGUUUUGUCAUGUAUAGAAGGCAGUCCGGCUGCGCGUGCUGGUAUACAUCAAGGAGAUGAAUUGGUUGAGAUAAAUGGGGAGAGUGUUGAUGGCAUUGAUAGUGAGGCUGCAGCACAGAGGCUUCGAGGGAAUGCUGGAACAACAGUAACAGUAAAGGUCAAAAACUCAGGGAGAAGCUCUUACAUCCGGGAGGUCAAACUUCCAAGGGAGUGUAUCAAGCUCUCUCCAAUAUCCAGUGCCAUCAUCCCUCAUAGAUCCCCCGAAGGGCAGGCGAUAAAAACUGGCUAUGUGAAACUGUCAACCUUCUCUCAGACUGCUGCUGAAGACAUGGAGAAUGCUAUUCAGGACAUGAAGAAUCAAGGAGUACACUCAUACAUACUAGAUCUACGGAACAAUCCUGGUGGUUUGGUAAAAGCUGGUCUUGAUGUUGCCCAGAUGUGGUUAGAUGGAGAUGAAACUCUAGUGAAUACAAUCGAUAGAAGCGGGGAUGUUUUACCAAUUAACAUGGUCAAUGGACAUGCUAUAACACAUGAUCCACUUGUGGUGAUAGUCAAUGAGGGAAGUGCAAGUGCCAGCGAGAUUUUAGCUGGGGCAUUACAUGAUAAUGGUAGAGCUAUUCUUGUAGGGCACAAAACAUUUGGCAAAGGAAAGAUUCAGAGUGUGACUCAGCUUCAUGAUGGGUCAGCCCUGUUUGUUACAGUAGCAAAAUAUCUCUCACCAGCCAAACAUGACAUAGAUAAGGUUGGGAUAACCCCAGACGUGCAGUGCACCACAGAGAUGCUGAAUUCACCCAAAGAUAAGGAGCUUUCAACCAAAGAUCAAAGGAGCUCGGUCUCGUCUUUAGAAGCAGAUUCAUGCAUCAUGGUAGCUGAACACGAGUUGGAUAUGAAGGAUUCCAAGGGAAGUGCUUCUUGAACAUUCCCUUGUUUUCAUGAUCCCAUUUUCUUUUCAGCGUUUAAAGUUGAAAGGACAGUUAGCUGAGUCAGCCUGUAUAUCACUUUGUACAAUGUGACAUUGUAAUUACUAGUCAUGGUAAGUAUACAAAAUAGAGAAACCGGUUGUAUAUAUCAUUCAAUAGAAUCAUACAAAAUUCACUUCCUAGUUGAAGCAUAAUAAAUUAUCCAAUUAUUGUACUUUCUACAUAA